CUAUGUACAAGGGGAGAUUUUGCACUUCAGGUGAGAUUAAGGCUCCCCUUGGAUAUGCUGAAACUGACCCAACUGGUCGAUACGGUCGAUUCAAGGACAUUCUUGGCAGGGGAGCUAUGAAAACUGUAUACAGAGCAUUUGAUGAGUUCCUUGGGAUUGAAGUGGCUUGGAACCAAGUCAAACUUGGUGAUGUUUCUCAUUCACCGGAUCAACUUCAACGCCUUUAUUCCGAAGUUCAUCUUCUUAAGAACCUCAACCAUAAGUCCAUGAUGAUCUUCUAUGGUUCUUGGAUCGAUAUCAAUGGAAAAACCUUCAACUUCAUCACUGAAUUGUUCACCUCCGGCACUCUUAGAGAAUAUAGGCAAAGGUAUAACAAAGUAGAUAUUCGAGCAUUGAAGAAUUGGGCGCGCCAGAUUCUAAGUGGUUUGGAGUAUUUACAUAACAAUAAUCCUCCCGUGAUACAUCGAGACCUCAAAUGUGAUAAUAUAUUUGUCAAUGGCCAUAAAGGAGAGGUCAAGAUUGGUGACUUAGGUCUUGCAGCUAUACUUUCUAGAUCCCAAGUUGCUCAAAGUGUCAUAGGUACUCCGGAGUUCAUGGCACCAGAACUAUACGAAGAGAAAUACAAUGAACUUGUAGAUAUAUAUUCUUUUGGGAUGUGUAUGAUAGAGAUGUUUACACUUGAUUUUCCAUACAGCGAGUGCUCAAAUCCAGCUCAAAUAUACAAGAAAGUAACCGCGGGGAAGCUACCAAAUGCAUUUUUCAAAAUCAAAGAUUUAGAAGCACAAAGGUUUGUGGGAAGAUGUUUAUCACAUGCCUCAAAGAGACCAUCAGCAAAAGAACUAUUGAUGGACCCAUUUUUUGCCAAGGAACAACUUGAAUUGUCAUUGCCAAGCACAACAUUAUCUACAAAUCAAACAUUUAAGCAUCUUUCUAUAGGUGAUCGAACAAGUAGAAAUAUGACAAUCACUGGGUCCAUAAAUGAAGAGAAUAACACAAUUUUCCUUAAAGUGCGGAUAUCUGAUGAAAUAGGGCAAACAAGGCAUAUAUUCUUUCCAUUUGACACAAAAAAAGACACUGCUAUUAAGGUGGCAAUGGAGAUGGUAGAAGAACUUGAAAUUAGUCACUUGGAUCCAUUAGAGAUAGCUACAAUGAUAGAUAAUGAGAUUUCAACAUUAUUUCCAACUUGGAUGGAUACUCAUGGUAAGUGUGAGAAUCAACUACAACAUAGCUUUAACUAUGAAGAAGAUGAUGAUGAUGAUGUUAAUAACCAAAAUCCUUUUGUCUUGUCAUCAUCUUGUCCUUCUUCACCUCAUGAUUCUCUCACCAAGUCUAUCUCUAAGACCCACUUUUGUGGGAAGCAUGGCUUGUUUCCUCAAGAAUGGAAUCAAGAUCUAUUUAUUAAUGAUGAUGGAAGCUCUCCAAGCUCAAUGAAUUCCUACAAGUGUUCAAAUAUCCAAUAUCAUGAAGAUGAGCAUUGUCCAACAAUAGUUGAAGAAGCCAUAUUCAAGCAUAACAAUCAAAAUUGCACAAGAUCAUGCCAAAUAGAAGAGGGAAAAACAAGUAAUUUCACUAAACAAUUUUUGUACCCGAAAAUGGACUCCUGUGGUGGUUGUAGAUGUGGUGGUGGGCAUGGGUCGAGCCACCACAAAUUGUCGAGGAUAACAAAGAAUCGUUUAAACAUCGACGAACAUAGGAGCUUGCAACUUCAACGAUCACAAUUAUUGGAGGUGUACAAGAGACGGAUGAUCAACACAAUUGCCACCAUGGAGGGAAUUGGAUUUCAAUAUCCGGAUGGACGUCGUACACGUUGAAAAUUUAUACAAUAUUGAAAUUUGGAAGGAAAAAAAGUUGGUUUUUAUGUGUUUGUUGUUGUCUUGAAUUGCUUCGCUUUAUAAUAUUUGAUUUGAUGUGUGAAAGUAUUUAUUAGAAAAGUAAUAAAAUUAAGCAUUUUUACCAUUUGAUGAGAUGUAUUGAACGCUGU